AGCAUGAGUCGGGUGUGGGCCGUGUUCAAGGCCCACCCCUACGUCAGCAACGUGCUGGGGUACACGGCGCUCUUCGCUUCGGCCGACCUCAUACAGCAGAGUGUCCUCGGAGGGAAACGGGCAUCGCAGGGCCCGGCCGCCAUCGAUCUGCGUCAGACGGCUCGGGUGGCCGCCGUGGGUUUCUGCUUCCACGCCAACUUCAACUACCACUGGCUGCGGUGGCUGGAGAGGAUGCUGCCAGGGGGCGGGGUCAAAGCCGUGGCGGGAAAAGUGGUGGUGGACCAGCUGGUUGCGGCUCCUCUCACCAUCAGCGCCUUCUAUGUUGGUUUAAGUUUCCUAGAAAACAAAGAUGACCCUCUUGAGGACUGGAGACAGAAGUUCUGGACAUCAUAUAAGACCGGAGUCGUCUACUGGUCAACGAUGCAGGCCGUGAACUUUGCCUUCAUCCCCCCUGUGGCACGAACAGCGUUUGUGGGGGGCAUCGCUCUGACCUUCACCAUCUUUUUGUGUCACCUCAGACAACAACGUGGCAGCAAAACUGAAUGA